GCAGGUGGUGCGUAGCGACCCACAGGGCUGAGGAACGUUGUGCUUUCCAUUAAUUGCUGCAGGCUUGUUAGCCUAGUCUUCCGGGGGAGGGGAUAUCUUCUGGCCCCCUCCCGGGAAAAGAAGGAAGGCACAGUAUGAAGACACCGGAGGCGCCACUGUUAGCUCCGGACUGCCUUCCUUCAGACCAGGGCCCAGUUCCAGACCGUCUCUCUCCUCAGGCUUCCCCGAUGGAUAAAAAUACAGACCCUGAACUGAUGCCACCACCACUACCCGAUGGGGAUGAUCCGCUCCGGAUGUCCCCAGAUAGCAUGGCUGGCUCAGCUGUGGCCCAGGAGCUGGGGGAGGGGGACCCGGCUUCUCUCUCCACUCCCCUGGAAGCAGGGUGUGGUAUUCCUAGUGAGUUGAGCCCUCGAAUGGAGGAGCAAGAACUUUCUGAAAAUGCGAACCUUCCUGCAGAAGAAACGAACAGGCCAGAGUUGGGGGCCGGAGAAAACUUGGAAGGUGUGUCUGAGGAACCUGCUCCGGAGGAUGAGAGAUACACCACUUGGAACUACCACUUCUCCCAGUUGCCUCGGUUUCUCAGUGGUUCCUGGUCAGAGUUCAGCACCCAACCUGAGAACUUUUUGAAAGGCUGUAAGUGGGCCCCUGAUGGUUCCUGCAUCUUGACCAAUAGUGCAGAUAACAUCCUGCGGAUAUAUAACCUGCCCCCAGAGCUGUACAGUGAGGGGGAGCCGCUGGAAUAUGCAGAAAUGGCUCCCGUCCUUCGAAUGGUGGAAGGCGACACCAUCUAUGAUUACUGCUGGUAUUCUCUGAUGUCUUCAGCCCAGCCAGACACCUCCUACGUGGCCAGCAGCAGCCGGGAGAACCCGAUCCACAUCUGGGAUGCCUUCACUGGACAGCUCCGGGCUUCCUUUCGCUCCUACAAUCACCUGGAUGAGCUGACGGCAGCCCACUCGCUCUGCUUCUCCCCCGACGGCUCCCAGCUCUUCUGUGGCUUCAACCGGGCAGUGCGUGUGUUUUCCACAUCCCGGCCCGGCCGCGACUGCGAGGUCCGAGCCACGUUUGCAAAAAAGCAGGGCCAGAGUGGCAUCAUCUCCUGCAUAGCCUUCAGUCCAGCCCAGCCUCUCUAUGCCUGUGGCUCUUAUGGCCGCUCCCUGGGUCUGUAUGCCUGGGAUGAUGGCUCCCCUCUCGCCUUGCUAGGAGGGCACAAAGGGGGCAUCACCCACCUCUGCUUUCACCCCGAUGGCAACCGCUUCUUCUCAGGAGCCCGGAAGGAUGCCGAGCUUCUGUGCUGGGAUCUCCGGCAGCCUGGUCACCCACUGUGGUCCCUGAGUCGUGAAGUGACCACCAAUCAGCGCAUUUACUUUGAUCUGGACCCGACCGGGCAGUUCCUGGUGAGCGGCAGCACUAGCGGGGCGGUCUCUGUGUGGGACAUCAGCGGGGCUAGGCAUGAGGGGAAGCCGGAGCCAGUGCUGAGUUUUCUGCCCCAGAAGGACUGCACCAAUGGAGUGAGCCUGCACCCGAGCCUGCCUCUGCUGGCCACUGCCUCCGGUCAGCGUGUGUUUCCAGAGCCCACAGAGAGUGGAGACGAGGGGGAGGAGGAGGUGGACCUUCCCCUGCUCUCCAUGCGCCACGUCCACCUUGAAUGUCAGCUUCAGCUCUGGUGGUGUGGGGGGGACCCAGACACCAGUAUUUCUGAUGCUCACCAGGGCGAGAAGGGACAGGGAGAGACAGACAGAGGUGUGGGCAAGUUUAUAUAAAAAGCUUUGAUAUGA